AAUACUUAAAUUGGCUUUUUGGAGCACGCCAUGGGCCAGAGUGAUCAAAAAAAGUCAACACAAUUUAAUAUUUUGCCAAAGGUCAUCAAUGGAGGUAUUGCCGGAAUCAUUGGAGUCUCCUGUGUCUACCCACUGGAUCUGGUCAAGACCCGGCUGCAGAACCAAGCGAUUGGACCCAAUGGCGAACGCAUGUACUCCAGCAUCGCCGAUUGUUUCCGGAAGACAAUUGCCAGCGAGGGCUUCUUUGGGAUGUACCGUGGAUCGACGGUCAACAUCUUGCUGGUCACGCCCGAGAAGGCCAUAAAACUGACUGCCAACGACUACUUUCGCUUCCACUUGGCCACCAAUGAGGGGGGUCUCUCGCUGCCCAGGGCAGCGCUAGCCGGCGGCUUGGCCGGUCUGUUCCAGAUCGUAGUCACCACGCCCAUGGAGCUGCUUAAGAUCCAGAUGCAGGACUCUGGUCGCGUAGCCGCAGAUGCCCGCGCAGCCGGGAAAGAGGUUGAGAAAAUCACAACCCUAAGCCUGACUAAGCAGCUUGUCCGGGAACGUGGCAUCUUUGGACUAUACAAGGGUGUGGGUGCCACUGGAGUGAGAGAUGUCACGUUCUCGGUAAUCUACUUCCCGCUGAUGGCCAUAAUUAACAACCAGGGCCCACGAAAGGCAGAUGGCUCUGGUGAAGCCGUCUUCUACUGGUCUCUGUUGGCUGGACUUACGGCUGGGACAACGUCGGCUUUCUCUGUGACGCCGCUCGACGUUAUCAAGACCCGCCUGCAGGCCUCAGGCGACAAGAAAUACGAUGGCAUUGUCGACUGUGUCCGCAAGACGCUAAACAAUGAGGGUGUGCGGGCAUUUUUCAAGGGCGGUCUGUGCCGGAUCAUGGUAGUGGGCCCCCUAUUUGGGAUCGCCCAGAUGUUCUACUUCCUAGGCGUGGGGGAGACCAUAUUGGGUAUCGAACGAAAGAAAUCGGUGUAGCAGAGGUGUGCAACAGGGUAACAAAGAAUAAAUUUAAAUUUGUUGAGCAAGAAUUUUCAAGAAA